AUGGUACAGUCCAAAGCGGGGCGGGGCGACGGGAGGCUCCGCCCGCUCUCCCCGGGCCCCUCUCCCGCCUUCCCCGCCGCGCCGCCGCGGGAGCGACUGAGCGCGCGCCCCGACGACCCCUCCCCCGGCGCCCGCGCUGGGGCCCGAGCUCCGCCCCUCGCCGAGCCGCCCCCUGCGCGGCUGCGGGCAGAUCUCGCUCGGCUCUGCGGACAGUGCCACCGUCGUGGUCUCUUCCUCCUUCCGCAGGUGUGCGAGGGCCUCUCGGGGCAGAGGCGCUGCCCUGGGUGGCCGGCAGGGCCCGCGCGCCUGCUGAGCGCUCGGCGCAGGGAAGCCGGAUCCCCCGCCCGCGCGGCGCCGUGA